AUUUUUUUCUUUCAUCAUGACAGUAAUCCAUACCGAAACUCACCUUACCUCUGAUCCUGUAUAUAGUGAAGGCUUUGCUUAUUUUAAUGUGGCACUCUCCAAUAUUUCUGUUGAAUGUCAUAUUCAUCGAGAAGAGGCCAUCAAUUAUCUUAGAGAAAACAAGAUACGAACAGGCGACUUGAUUAAGAUUGGCGGGGUCUUUAUAACAGAAACCAAGCCAGAUCAAGCCCAUUAUCUUAACGUGAAUAGCAUUUGUUUAGCCUCCAGCGACAGAAGCAACAACAAGAGGAGAAAGACAUUACACGAUGCUGGUGUCUCUUCGAAUGUGUUCAACGAUAAGUGCGUAUCAUGCGUUUUUCGAAGACUAGAUGAACAUAUCGAUCAACGUGUGCGCAGUACUCUUCUUUUGGCUUCCAACAGUGCACUUCGAAGGUCGAGCAAUGGUAUCUAUACAGAGUUCACUGGUAGCUUUAGCGAGUACUUCUUUAUGAUAUAUGGUGAAGCAAGUUACGUAACCUUUAUGAUAUCGCAACAUCUCAUACCCAACGAUGCUAUUGCUGAAGAAUUUCAAAAGCAAAGAACGGAGAUGUUUGAUAAUGUCACCAGGGCCUACACUAUCUUUACUGAAAUGUCUCAUCAAGGAAUAAGCGAAGUAGGUCUAAGUAACUUUGUGAGCUCUGUUACUUCCUUGAUUGAAAAGAUUUACCGUUUGAAACAAUUUUACAACGUUCAUGUUCCAGUGGGUUUGGUCAUUGACACCACGAUCCCUUUGCCUUCUACUAUUUACCACAAUUACAUAAAGGAAUAAUGAGCCAUGCUUACGACGAUUAUUUAGAAAAUAAAAAAG